AUUAUGGAUUAUGCAAAUCAAACGAAACUUCCUCGAAACAGCCUACACCGGUUACUUUUACCUACUUUUUAAUAUAUCACGACACCACUUUGACAUGGCUAUUUCCGCCCAUUGACACCCACUCUCAACUCUUUACCCUUGUUGCAGAACCUUACAAAAUUUCACUAAGAAUAUCUGUCAGUCAAAGAGUUGAUGGGUGGGAUACUUUCAAAACGAACAAGUUCUCGACAGUCUUCUUUCGGAUCUAGUUCACAUUCAUGGAGUCAUCACAACUAUCCACCACCACCAUAUGCUCAACCGUAUGCUCAACCAAACCAAGAUUAUGUGCCGCAGCAGCAUUAUGCGCCCCCUCAAAACAACUAUGGUCAGGCCUCUGAGUCAAAAAGGAAAUUGGAGAGGAAAUAUUCAAAGAUAAAUGAUGAUUACAAUAGCCUUGAGCAGGUUACUGAAGCACUUGCACGUGCUGGCCUGGAGUCUUCAAAUCUCAUUGUUGGUAUUGAUUUCACAAAGAGCAAUGAGUGGACAGGUGCAAGGUCAUUCCAGAGGAGAAGUCUACAUCAUAUUGGAGAUGAUCAAAAUCCCUACGAGCAGGCAAUAUCUAUUAUUGGAAAAACAUUGUCUUCCUUUGAUGAAGACAAUUUAAUUCCAUGUUUUGGAUUUGGAGAUGCGUCAACACAUGAUCAAGAAGUAUUCAGUUUCUAUCCAGAUGAGAAGUUUUGUAAUGGAUUUGAAGAAGUAUUGAGACGAUAUCGAGAAUUGGUCCCUGGCCUAAGACUUGCAGGACCAACAUCAUUUGCCCCUAUUAUUGAAAUGGCUAUCACUAUUGUUGAGCAAAGUGGUGGCCAGUACCAUGUUUUACUGAUAAUAGCUGAUGGACAGGUGACAAGGAGUGUUGAUACUGAGCGUAAUCAACUAAGCCCACAGGAAAAAAAAACUGUUGAAGCUAUUGUGAAAGCGAGUGAGUACCCGUUAUCCAUUAUAUUAGUUGGUGUUGGGGAUGGGCCAUGGGACAUGAUGAGGGAAUUUGAUGAUAACAUACCUGCUCGAGGGUUUGAUAAUUUUCAGUUUGUGAAUUUUACAGAAAUUAUGGCAAAGAAUGUUGACCGGUCCAGAAAAGAAGCUGAGUUUGCUCUUGGAGCCUUAAUGGAGAUACCGUCUCAGUAUAAAGCAACACUAGAACUUAAUUUGUUGGGUGGUCGGAGAGGGAAGGGUAUUGACAGGGUUUCCCUUCCCCCACCUCAAUAUGGUUCAGCUUCUUUCGGCACCCCAAAAACUCCUCGGUCAACUAUUUUUCGUCCAAGUGCACCUUCGGGUAGACAUGAUACAACUUUUGGCACAGCUCCAUCUGCAAGUUCUGCAUCUGACAAUCAUGUUUGCCCUAUUUGCAUUAGCAAUCCUAAGGAUAUGGCUUUUGGUUGCGGACAUCAGACUUGCUGUGAGUGUGGACAAGAUCUUCAAUUAUGCCCCAUUUGCAGGAGCAACAUCCAAACAAGAAUAAAACUCUAUUAAAUAGCAUUACAAAGAGUAUAAGUUAUUUACAAGUCCCUUUUUGGGCAAGGACUUAGAUGUUGGAUUGUCUGGCUUCCAUAUCAGAUCUCCUAUGAUGGUAUGUACAUAGUUCUGGCUUUUGUUUUCUCAUCGAGAUUUUUUGGAUGUAUCAUUUGUCAAUUUAAUGAGCAGUAUAAAGUUAUUAUCAGCUAAAUAAUCGUUGGAUGUACAUCAAGUAUGUUUAAUUGAACUAAAUCGCUUUGGUGGUGGGUUUUAACUGUUA